AUGACUGCGUGUCUGCAGGGAUGGAGCGUGGCAGUGCAUGUUGGUGUCAGCGUGACCACGAGAGGAAAUGCCCCCGGUGGGACCGGGGAGUGCGACCCGUGCUGCGAGUGGCUGAGAUGCUGUGGUGGAGGGGAGCCCAGGCCCCGCACAGUGUGGUUGGGGCAUCCCGAGAAGAGGGACCAGAGGUACCCUCGAAAUGUCAUCAACAACCAGAAGUACAACUUCUUCACCUUUCUUCCUGGGGUGCUGUUUAACCAGUUCAAAUACUUCUUCAACCUCUAUUUCUUACUUCUGGCCUGCUCUCAGUUUGUCCCUGAGAUGAGACUCGGUGCCCUCUACACGUACUGGGUCCCCCUGGGCUUCGUGCUGGCCGUCACCGUCAUCCGAGAGGCCGUAGAGGAGACCCGAUGCUAUGUGCGGGACAGGGAAGUCAACUGCCAGGCCUACAGCCGGCUCACAGCGAGAGGGACAGUGAAGGUGAAAAGCUCCAACAUCCAGGUUGGAGAUCUUAUCAUCGUGGAAAAGAACCAGCGGGUCCCUGCUGACAUGAUCUUCCUGAGGACAUCAGAAAAAAACGGCUCCUGCUUCCUGCGCACGGACCAGCUGGACGGCGAGACAGACUGGAAGCUGCGGCUCCCCGUGGCCUGCACGCAGAGGCUCCCCACCGCGGCCGAUCUCCUUCAGAUUCGAUCGUACGUCUAUGCAGAAGAGCCAAAUAUCGACAUUCACAACUUUGUGGGAACUUUCACCAGAGAAGACAGCGACCCUCCGAUCAGCGAGAGCUUGAGCAUAGAGAACACGCUCUGGGCCGGCACUGUCAUCGCGUCGGGUACUGUCGUGGGUGUUGUUCUUUACACGGGCAGAGAACUCCGGAGUGUCAUGAACACCUCAAAUCCUCGAAGUAAGAUCGGCCUGUUUGACCUGGAGGUGAACUGCCUGAGCAAGAUCCUCUUCGGUGCUCUGGUGGUGGUGUCGCUGGUCAUGGUGGCCCUUCAGCACUUUGCCGGGCGCUGGUACCUCCAGAUCAUCCGCUUCCUCUUGCUGUUCUCCAACAUCAUCCCCAUCAGCCUGCGUGUGAACCUGGACAUGGGCAAGAUUGUGUACAGCUGGGUGAUCCGGAGGGACUCGAAAAUCCCCGGGACGGUGGUUCGUUCCAGCACCAUCCCUGAGCAGCUGGGCAGGAUUUCUUACUUACUCACGGACAAGACAGGAACUCUCACCCAGAACGAGAUGGUUUUCAAACGGCUGCACCUGGGCACCGUGGCCUAUAGCCUUGACUCCAUGGAUGAAGUUCAGAGCCACAUUUUUAGUGUUUAUACCCAGCAAUCCCAGGACCCACCUGCUCAGAAGGGCCCCACGCUCACCACCAAGGUCCGGCGGACCAUGAGCAGCCGUGUGCAUGAGGCCGUGAAGGCCAUCGCGCUCUGCCACAACGUGACUCCCGUGUACGAGUCCAAUGGUGUGACUGACCAGGCCGAGGCCGAGAAGCAGUACGAAGACUCCUGCCGCGUGUACCAGGCGUCCAGCCCAGAUGAGGUGGCCCUGGUCCAGUGGACCGAAAGUGUGGGCUUAACCCUGGUGGGCCGAGACCAGUCGUCCAUGCAGCUGAGGACCCCUGGCGACCAGAUCCUGAACUUCACCAUCUUACAGAUCUUCCCUUUCACCUACGAAAGCAAGCGGAUGGGCGUCAUCGUGAGGGAUGAAUCCACCGGAGAGAUCACGUUUUACAUGAAAGGAGCAGAUGUCGUCAUGGCUGGCAUCGUGCAGUACAAUGACUGGCUGGAGGAGGAGUGUGGAAACAUGGCGCGAGAAGGUCUGCGGGUGCUGGUGGUGGCGAAAAAGUCUCUAGCAGAGGAACAGUAUCAAGACUUUGAAGCCCGCUACGUCCAGGCCAAGCUGAGCGUGCACGACCGCUCGCUCAAAGUGGCCACCGUGAUCGAGAGCCUGGAGAUGGAGAUGGAGCUGCUCUGCUUGACCGGGGUGGAGGACCAGCUGCAGGCAGACGUGAGGCCCACCCUGGAGACCCUGAGGAACGCCGGCAUCAAGGUUUGGAUGCUGACUGGGGACAAGCUGGAGACGGCUACGUGCACAGCAAAGAACGCACACCUGGUGACCAGAAACCAAGACAUCCACGUUUUUCGGCUGGUGACGAACCGCAGCGAGGCCCACCUCGAGCUGAACGCUUUCCGCAGGAAGCAUGACUGUGCCCUGGUCAUCUCUGGAGACUCCCUGGAGGUCUGCCUCAAGUACUAUGAGUACGAGUUCAUGGAGCUGGCCUGCCAGUGCCCGGCCGUGGUCUGCUGCCGCUGCACGCCCACCCAGAAGGCCCAGAUCGUGCGGCUGCUGCAGGAGCGCACCGGGAAGCUCACUUGUGCAGUAGGUGAUGGCGGCAACGACGUCAGCAUGAUUCAGGAAUCCGACUGCGGCGUGGGUGUGGAGGGGAAGGAAGGCAAGCAGGCGUCCCUGGCGGCCGACUUCUCCAUCACCCAGUUCAAGCACCUGGGCCGCCUGCUCAUGGUGCACGGCCGCAACAGCUACAAGCGCUCGGCGGCUCUCAGCCAGUUUGUCAUCCACCGGAGCCUCUGCAUCAGCACCAUGCAGGCGGUCUUUUCAUCCGUGUUUUACUUUGCCUCCGUUCCUCUCUAUCAAGGAUUCCUCAUCAUUGGGUACUCCACCAUUUACACCAUGUUUCCUGUGUUUUCUCUGGUCCUGGACAAAGAUGUCAAGUCGGAAGUAGCCAUGCUGUAUCCUGAGCUCUACAAGGAUCUCCUCAAGGGAAGACCGUUGUCCUACAAGACCUUCCUAAUAUGGGUUUUGAUUAGCAUCUAUCAAGGGAGCACCAUCAUGUACGGGGCCCUGCUGCUGUUUGAGUCCGAGUUCGUGCACAUCGUGGCGAUUUCCUUCACGUCACUGAUCCUCACCGAGCUGCUGAUGGUGGCCCUGACCAUCCAGACAUGGCACUGGCUCAUGACGGUGGCCGAGCUGCUCAGUCUGGCCUGCUACAUCGCCUCCCUGGUGUUUCUACACGAAUUCAUCGAUGUGUACUUCAUCGCCACUUUGUCGUUCUUGUGGAAGGUGUCCGUGAUCACUCUGGUCAGCUGCCUGCCCCUGUACGUUCUCAAGUACCUGCGGAGACGGUUCUCCCCGCCCAGCUACUCGAAGCUCACGUCGUAGGCGGCGUCGGCCCAGGGCGCCGCGGCCUCGGCGCUCUCCUGCCGGGCAGAGUUCAAGUUACGUUUUUCUUACCUGCUGCCUGUGGGUCGUGCAGGCAUCGCUGACACGUGCAGUUUUGACGCGAAGAGGCUCCGCGAGGGGUCCUGACGCCGGACGGUGGGGGAGGUCCCUGGAGGGGACCCCGCGGGCCUGCUCGGGCCCCUCGCGGUUCGGCCCGCAGCGAAUGUACAUAUAUGUUAAAGCUGGCGGCUCCACUGACGGAUUUAUCCGUGGGUCACUGGGCAAGCUUCCGAGGACUUGCUUUCUGUUGUCAUGCGAUAAGGGUUUCUGUCUAGUUGACGAUCGUAGAGGGGUUUUUGUUUUUGUUUUCAACAGUCCUCCUGUGUGUGUACUCUUUACGUCUUUCUCACUCUUAAAAGCCGGCUUCAGAGAAAUGUAAAAGCCCUUGGGAUAGGUUUGUGGGGAAAGACGGUGACUUCGGUAGAAAGUUACGCAGGCAGUCAUCUCGAGGUGGAAAUGCGGGAUGUCCUGUCCGAGGCAGUGCUGCCCUCCAAGGCCGCACCGGCUUCCUAGAGUGACACAGAGCAAAGGAGAGGGAGAGAGAGAGACAGAGGGUGCCAUAAAUCCAGUCUGGCCUCCUCCCUCGGACUCAGCAUCUCCAGCCCUCGACUUAGCUCCACCUGCCACCUCGUAAAAGAAUUUUUGGAGGUGUUCUCCUGCUUUCUUCGGACCUGGUAACGAUGACCAAGCCCGCGUCUGGCUGAGGACACCCUCAGACAUUUUCAGCAGAGUUGUUGCAGCAGGAAACGUGCCAUGGAACAGCUCUUCAACGUGUGGACAGACUGAUAAGAGACUCAACUAAUUCUUUAGACAACGUUGCACAUGUGGCUGGGCCCUCCCGAGUCCUGAGUGCAAGGUCAGGGACGGGGGGCUCUCUGCUCCACAGAAGUGUUUCCCAUUAGGAGGC